AUGCCCCCCUUCGCCUCUCGCCUCGCCACCGCCCGCGGAUGGGUCGACCCCCACGCCCUCCCGCAGUACAUGGACGGCGCGGCCGUCGCGGGGAACGCGCCCCCGGACGCGAAGCAGCUCACCCUCAACACCCUCGGCGCAUACGGCGUCGGCACCCCGGACUCGUUCGCGCACGCCGCCGGGCGCGAGAUCCGCGUGACCCGCAUCGACGUCGAGCCCAGAGGCGACAAGCUCGAGGCCGUCGUCGUCGCCGAGGUCCAGGCGAACGCAGGGAUGCUCAACGGCGCGGGGCUGGUGCACGGCGGGUGUCUGUGCUAUCUCGUCGACCUCUGUGGCGCGAUGCCGCUCGUCGCGCUGGGCGUGGUCCAGAACACGAACGCGGUCGGCGUCACUCAGGCGAUGAACAUCUUCUUCCACUCUCCCGCGUCCUUGGAGACGUGCAUGCAAAUCACGAGCACCUCCAUCGUCCUCGGCAGACGCAUCAUGGCGGCGAGAUGCGAGAUUGCGGACAAGGAUUCGGGGCGCAUGAUCGCUACCUCUCUGCUCGGGAAGAUGCAGCCCAAGCUGUAG